UAAGCUCUCUCUCUCUCUCUCUCUCGAAAAUGAAUAGGGUUAAUCAGAAAGGCCUUAGAAUAUCGAUCAUCGUUUUUAUUGCAUUUUCUGUGUGGUCUUCAAGCUUUGGAACUUGCCGUGCUAGAGAAGGCAGGCAGUGGAGGCAGAGCAAGGCUGGGCCUGUAAGGAAACCAAAGGGUUAUGGUGGUAGCUACCAUCUAGGCCGUAGUAUGUUGAACUCAGGCGCCUCAUCCACCUUUAAUGUAUUAGACUAUGGUGCUAAAGGUGAUGGACAUGCCGAUGACACAAAGGCAUUCGAAGCAGCGUGGGCAGCAGCUUGCAAGGUGGAGGCAUCAACAAUAGUUGUUCCAUCUGGGUCUGUCUUUCUUGUCUCACCGGUUUCUUUUUCUGGGCCUAGUUGUGAGCCAAACAUUGUGUUUCAGUUGGAUGGCAAAAUCAUAGCCCCCACAAGCUCUAAAUCGUGGGGGUCAGGUCUUUUACAAUGGCUAGAAUUUACGAAGCUUCAAGGGAUUACAAUCAAAGGCAAAGGCAUCAUUGACGGACAAGGCUCAAUCUGGUGGGAGGACUCGGGGAAAAUGCCAAGCACGAAACCAACGGCCCUUAGGUUUUAUGGAAGUAAAGACGUGACAGUCAAUGGCAUAACAAUUCAAAACAGCCCUCAGACCCACCUCAAGUUCGACAGCUGCACAAGCGUUCAGGUUUACGGUGUUCAUGUUUCAUCUCCUGGUGACACCCGCAACACAGAUGGAAUCCACCUACAAAACUCCCAAGAUGUCGUCAUUUACAGCACCAACCUUGCAUGUGGAGAUGACUGCGUGUCCAUACAAACUGGAUGCUCAAAUGUAUACAUACACAAUGUCAAUUGUGGACCUGGACAUGGAAUCAGCAUCGGAGGACUUGGGAAGGCUAACACUAAAGCUUGCGUUUCAAACGUCACCGUCCGAGACGUCACAAUGACCAAUACUUUGACUGGUGUCAGAAUCAAGACUUGGCAGGGAGGGUCAGGGUCAGUACAAGGAAUAAAGUUCUCAAACAUUCAAGUUUCUGAAGUGGAAACUCCAAUAAUGAUUGACCAAUUCUACUGUGAUGAGAGCAAAUGCCCGAACAAAACCUCAGCUGUGGCAGUCUCAGGCGUAGACUACGUAAAUAUACGAGGAACCUUCACUGUAAAACCUGUACAUUUUGCAUGCAGCGACACCAUGCCAUGCACUGAUGUCUCUCUAGCUACCAUCGAGCUUGAAGCAGCUCAUGAACAAAGCCAUCUCUCAGCUGACCCUUUAUGCUGGGAGGCAUAUGGAGACCUAAAAACUACAACUGUUCCUCCAUUAAUUGACUGUUUGCAGACCGCCAAGCCAUCAACCACCGGACAUUCUAUUAAUCUUGAUUCUUGCUGAGCUUCGCCUUAAUUAUUGGGAUAGAUCAAUAUAUACCAUUCUUUAUGGAUGGUGUGGGUCUUAUUAGAUCCUGUCUUUUUUCUUUUUUCUUUUUUUUUUUUUCUUGGGAUAGAUACCAUAUCUAUAUAUAUAUAUAUAGAUAAUUAUAUAUAUCAAUGUGAAUAUAUAUAUAUAUAAUUAUAUAUAUAUAUCAAUGUGAAGGUUGUGACCCCUUUCCCCUCAUGAGAUCGAUAUUAUUGACUAUGUCCUUCCAUUUUGGUAAGUCA